CCCCCUCGCUCCUCCUCUAGACACCAUGGCUGACGUCGAGAUGCAGGGCGCAGACGCCCCCAAGCGCUUCGAGGUCAAGAAGUGGAACGCCGUCGCGCUGUGGGCCUGGGACAUCGUCGUCGACAACUGCGCCAUCUGCAGGAACCACAUCAUGGACCUCUGCAUCGAGUGCCAGGCGAACCAGGGCGCGGCUGCCAACGACGAGUGCACGGUCGCGUGGGGCGUCUGCAACCACGCCUUCCACUUCCACUGCAUCAACCGCUGGCUCAAGACGCGGCAGGUGUGCCCGCUCGACAACAGAGAAUGGGAGCUGCAGAAGUACGGCAAGUAGAGCACCGCUCCUCGCCCGCCUUCGUCGUCCUCGUCGCCCGCCGCCGCCCGCACGUCCCUCGCAACCCUCGCCUCAUACCGACCAGCCUGCCCCGUCUCCCUCUCCCUCGAUUCCCCUUUCCCUUCCCCUCUCUGUCUACAUAGUCGUCCGUCUGUCACGCCCUCAGGCCCCCCUCCCCCUCGUCGUGUUUCCCUCGCCGCCCGAGCACUCGGGUGGCUCGCUUGCAACUUUCCUCUCGGGUCCUCC